AUGACCCCAACCAAAGAAGAACUCGACCGCGCCCUCAACGAAAUCAAAGCCACCUUCCUCUCCAGAGAAACCAAGCUCGCCAAAGCCUACGCCGAGCACCCCGAUCCGGACGCGUGGUAUUUGAACUCUAUCAGCUGCCUUGCUAAAGUCGCUGCUGGACCGCCGCCGUUGCCCUCUACCGCUGGUCACAAGCAGCCAGCAGCUGGGGUUGGAGUUCGACUUGGAGUUGAAGCUGAAGUUAAACCUGAGGCGGCAAACGAUAGUGGCGGUUGUAAUGUGACUGCGGGGAUGGGUACUACGUCUAGAAAGAGACCUAGGGUUCAAGUUGAGGAUGGGGGCAGCAAUGGUAUCAGCAACGGCACUGGCACAGGCAAGAAAGUGAGGGUUGUACAAUCGCCCGAGUACCAGAACACCUUUGGCGGUCCGGAAAAUACUACGAUGACUGUCAGGAACAGGCACCCGUUGGAUAGUUCCGGCUUGACCAGUGAUAUGAAGGUGGAGGAAGAGGCUACCACGCAGGAAAUACAGGAAAGACCGGAAAGACCAGCCCAACGCAGACGUCUAACGCGUGGAAUCAGGCCUCGGAAGCGGAUACAAAGCUCUAGCUCUGAAUGA